UUGUAAUAUUAGUCGUUCAAAUUUUUAUCUUAAAAAUGCAUCUCCACUUCAAAGACGAACGCAGAUGACUAAGUGAUAUAAAUUUACUUUAUGGAACCAAAGCUAGUUCUUUUAUGGAAUGCCGUACGUCACAAAUUACGUCAUCAUGCGACUUAGAAGGCAGAAAGAAAGAAAGAGCAGAAUGUUUUCAACUCCAUAUUUUCUGCACAGUUACUUGUUAUCACAAGGAUCAGAUUUCAAGUACCAGAGUAGUCCUAACUCCUAAAUUUUCCCAAUUUGUCAAAAGUACAUCUAGUGACACAAGAGAAGAAUGUGGAGUAAAUGCCAAUAAAGGCUCGACUGCAGGGGUAUACCUGACUUCUCGGCAAUUUCUGGUUAUCACCAUCCGAAUGACCGAUUCAGAAGACCAACUUCAAGGUGACUCUUAUGCAUUGAGAUCUUUCGCUGAUGGACUCAAAUUGUUCAGGAAAAAAUCCAGCUACCACAGCCACAGAUUUCUGGCAUGUGUUCAGAAGGAACAUAGAUGCAAUGAUGAAACAAUCUCCAGACAGAUGGGUGGCCCUUGAGCAGAGAAUGUUAAAAAGAAUUGAAGCAUUCAAUAAAGAAGAUUAAGAAACAGAAUGUGUCCAGUUGUUUGUUCAUCAAAAGAAUAACUUGGAUAAUCAUAGUGGUGCUUCCUCAAAAUCUGCAUGUGUUAAAAUUAAGCAGUUUCAAAUUAAGAUUUAGAUAAAGCUCAUUAAGUCAUUUGCUGGAUCAGAUUUUGAGAUUGUACUUAUUGCAUUUUUUUGAAUACAGUAACAGUGAAACGUUGAUGAUUAGUUGUACAAAUUCAUAUACAGAUCUAAGUAUUAGAAUUUCCUAAUACUUUUCAUCAAAUGGAUUAAAAGAAUUGAAAGUCCAAUAUACUAGGAAAAAUAUAUAAAUUACAUCACAUGGAUUUGAUAUGAAUAUAUCAUGAUAUUUACAUGAAAUUCGCAUGAAAUUCAUAUGAAAAUCUGUAAAGAAAGCAGCAAAAAUAUUCAUAUGAAUUUCGUGCGAAUUUUUAUUCGCAUGAUAUUCGUGCGAAUUUCAUGUCAAAAUCGCAUGAUAUUUUCAUGCGAAUAUCAUGUGUGGUCCUUUUCGUCUCCUUUUCAUGCGAAGAAUUCGCACGAUAUUCAUGCGAAUUUCAUAUGAAGUUCAUGCGAGCCACUUUUGCCUGUGUAAAA